AUGGUCAGUAUUCGUUCAUAUCCGGUUCGUAAUGUAGUCUCCUCGGAGUCGCCGGAAAAUCAAGGAGUGAACCCGCUCUUGAUGGCCAUGAUGUGGAAAUUUGUCGUUCUCCUUUCGAACGUGAGUUGGUGUUUCAAGUCACUACAAGGAUUUUUAUUACCAUUAAGACGGCUUGAUUUGUUCUUAUUUUCUUUGCUUAUUGUUUGUAACUUACAGGUUGUUCAAUUUUCCUCGCAGCUCUUGGUAAACAGUAAGUAAAGUGGUUUUCUUCCGACACCCUAGUCGCUCUAUUGAUUAAUAUACGAAUUCAAGAAAAUUGCCUAGUUUUCCAGUUCAGAGAGUAUAGCGUUAGAAGGUUGUGAAAAUAGCUGGGCCAGUGGAGAAAAUUUAAAUCAGAGAAAGUUGUUCUUUUGUUAAAUAUCUUCCCACCAUCGUGACUUAGAGUUUUCAAAUAAACAUCUCUGUUUUAUAUAAAAUAAUUCACGAUGUCGGUAGUUCUUUAUUGUUAAAGCUGGUUUUACUGUGUUUAUCAAAAAUUAAAAACUCUUGCAUAAGGUUUAUACGAAAUGAAGAAAUUGUAGUUUUACAUUUCAUCUCUUUUUAUAAGAGAGAGUAAUUUUCCAUUUCUUUUGUGCGAAUACGAUGUUUUUUAAUGAAAAUUUUCAAAACUGACAUGAAAAUUUUCAAAUGGGUUCCAAUGUUUACCUUAGCUGAUGUCAAAGUGGAUAAUUGAUGACGGAAAACGAAAAUAAAAGAACAGACAUAUGCGUAGAUCAGGAUCCCUUGAAAAAAAUAAAUUCAAGGGAAAACUCGAUUUUUUUUCAGCACCAGUCUCUUUUCCGUCGUGUUACCCCAAAAUGCGUCAUCCUCGUAAGGGAUAGAUUGUCGUUAAAACACUUUGUUGUAGAGCUACAAUGUGAAAAAAAAAAUUAAAAUUUCUUUUUGCGGAAGUAACCAAUAUUUGUUUGGCUGAGGCUUAAUCAACUUUAAAAAGUUGUAAAAACGUUUAAGAAAGAACUUUUUGACAUACAUGGUUAGAUCUUUCUGAUGAUACAGCGUUGAAAAGACAUUUCUUUGCAAAAGGCUCUCUUCCUCUUGAACUAACCAUCAAACCUUUCAGGAAUCGAAAAAACCAUUGCGUUCAUGCAGGAUAUCAAAACGCUAGGCUAUUAGAAGUCCUUGAUAGCUUUCACCCAGACGUAGACCUCUCAGGUUUGCCAAAAGAGAUGACUAAUCGCAUCAUGGUUUAGCAUAGUCCAUUUCCUAAAUAGCGGAAAACCAAAUACACUAAGCGAAAAUGCAAUGUUAAGCUAUUGAACAGCCAAGUAAUUGUUUUAACUUUUUCGUAAAUGACGCUUAGGAGCUAAGUUAUAUGUCGUCGGUCAGACUGAGAAGCGAUAGUAUUCUGCGUGCAUGGCUCGAAGCAAACGUUAAGCCUCGUGUUUGGUAUCCUCUAAAUAUAUAUAUACACCCGUUUUCAAAAACGUUGCAACAUUGAAAAUACAUAUAAAAUAUAUGUACAUCUUUCGUUUUCUUGUCAAAAAGUGUCUCUUUUUGAUGAGAUAAGAAAAGGUCUAUAUAUUUAACGUUUUUGAAAACGGGUGUAUAUAUAAUAUAUAUAUAUAUAUAUAUAUAUAUAUAUAUAUUUUAUAUUUUUAUUUUUAUUUUUUGCAGCAGACAGAGGAAAAAAAACGUUAGCUGCAAUAAAUGUUGGUUAUGUGGAAAUGGAGUAUUUUUUUGACGUUUUUAAUAAGCAAUUUUAAUUGAAGUUCCUUUUUGUGUUAAACUUUAUGUAAGGAGAUUAGAGGAUGGCCUACAGGUGGCACCCAAAUGUCAGCAAGGGCGCUUACGCCGUUCAGCAUUUAACAUUUCGUUUCUUAGUUAUUGACUAAAAUUACUUUUAAGAUCGAGUGAGACUGAACUUAUGUUUGCUCAUAUCGACUAAAGUGCCAUUAAAUUAAUUUUUCACAAGAUACUCGUUCAGUUAAAAACGCCCAAUUUCACUUUCUUCUUUUGCAGAUGACCAGCUUACCUUGGCUCCAGGAGAAACGCUUGAAAUCAACACUACAGAGCCUUCCGCUCUUGUGGUAGACAGCCAAGGGAACAAAAAAAUCUUAAAAAUAACUUCCAAAAAAACCUUCUCUUUUAAAGGGAAUUUUGUCAAUUCACCUGGAUGGAAUUACAGCGUUGCCCGAAUAGUGUUUUCCAAAAACAUCAGAAUAGAAGCCUGCUCUACUGUUAAGGUGUUUGGGGAACAUUCACUGUCUAUCGAGUCUCUGGAAGGAGAUAUCGUUAUUGGAAGUUUGAUCGAUUUAUCUUGCACAGUGACUGUGCUGGGUGGGAAGUGUGUUGGAGGAUAUAUGCCCAUUGAUAAACCUAGAAAUUGGUCAUCAGCUAUAAUACCAGGUAGGCUUAUAAAGUAUGUUGACUUACACACCAGCCAGCACUUUCCCUUCAGUUGCAGAAAACCAAAACCAAAGUAUGGAUUGUGGGUUUUGGAAAAUCAGAGCAACUUGCAUAUGAUCAGUUAGCAGGGUUAAAUACGUACGGUAGAUUUUUGGAUCAAUCACAGAACCUAGCAAUGGGUGAAAACUGCAAUUCAGAUUGCUUUGGAAGCCCAAUUCUUUAGUGCUCUCAUAAUCUGAAAAUCUUUGCUUACGGCAUUUUCUCUCCUUUCUAUAUACCCAGCUAACAUAUGUAGGAGUAUCUUUUAGUACGUGAUUAUUCACACUUGAAGUGAUUUUUGAAACAGUAAAUUGUUCUUCUGUCCCAGAAGAAUAAGUAUGUCACUGUGUUCAUGCGGAAAGGUUAGUCCUAGAAAGGUGCCUGGUUUCAUGACUAUGACUAACGUUUUGAAAACCGUGUGAAAAUCAUCAUUAGAAUUAAACGGUGUGUGAGAGCUUGUGGUACAAAGUAUGAAGUAUAAUUGAUCGAAGUUAAUCCGUUUCAUUUGCCCCUCUGGGUUAAAGGAAAUGGACCAGGGAGUACGAGCAGAGAAUUAUUAACUUACCAGUCACCACGAUGCAUCGGUGGAAGUGGACAUGGUGGCCAUGGAGGAAAUCCAGUAUUUGAUGACAUUCACGUUAACCUCUACAGUGGCUUAGAGUAUGGAAGGAAUAAUUACCAAGUCCUACUGGGAGGCAGUUCAGGUAAAUGUGGAACUUAAGCUCGUAAAUUUCAAGAAAUCUGUGUAUUUCGUAUGAAACAGUGAAACUCUUUAAAGAACGACGAUUCUUAUUUAACAUUUAGAAAAAUCAAUUAAAAAAGGUUGAUCUUAUUGAUUCGACAAGCGGUUUCUGUCCAAUUUUAAUCUCAUGGUUAGAACGUUAAAUUCGCUGCCGUAAGGUUGGAACACAGCGGCUAAACCUUCUAUCAAAGAAGGAGAAGAAACUAACGACGAAAGAAAAGAUAGUCUGUAAUUAUUAAGUACAGGUAAGGUAGUUUAGUUGCGAUUAAUUAUUCUUUGUUACAGGCUCUUAUCUUGAUUCUUCUGCUCACACAAUUACUAAACCUGGACAUGGAGGGGGAGCACUACAGUUGGUAGCGAAGCAGGGUUCUAUAAAAAUCGGUACGUAAUACUUGCGAAAAAGUUAAGCUGAUUCCAUUUUGGUUCUUAACAAAGACUCCAAUCUGUUUACCACAAUGUGGGCUCUGGAAACCGAUUUAUCUCAAGGAGUAGGUCACAGCUUCAACGACUAUCUUUGGAAUAAGCUUGUACUAAAUUUUACAUUGGAGAGCCCAAUUAAAACAGUUAUAUGCGCUAAAACCCCUGUCUGCCAACAAUUCGUCUUCUCUGACAUAAACUUUUCCUUUAAAUCUGGAGAAAACAGGCAAAGAAGACCAAAGAAAUUCAUGCGACUAACAAAUAUUCGAGUGUAUUCUAAAUUGAUAGAAACCCCGCUGGGGAAAUUUUAAAGUCUUUAGCAAUUCACCUUUCACAGAAGAAAAGAUUAAAGCCAAUGCACAGCAAACAAAAGGGCACUACGAAGUUAACAGUGGAAGUUCAGGAGGACUAAUCCGCUUAGAGGCUAACGAGGUACGAUUAGUUUUCGCCCCCCUGUCACUCCUUCUUCAUAGCAUGCCUUACGUGAUAAAAACCGCUAAACAUAAAUCUUUAUCAAAUCAGGUUCACAUCAUUGAUGGUGGUUCAUUGGAGGUAAAUGGUGCUCAUGCGGGAAAAAAUGGUAACAUUCACCCAGUUUGGGAAAAGGGGUCUGCCGGAGGUGGAGGAGGCAUUGUGGAUAUCUUGGCCAACAAGGUUUUCAUAUCAACUGGUUCUAUAUUACUUAUGCCAGGGAAUUCCACAGGUUGCUCCAACCAAACAACAGCAUCUCCAGGAUUCUUGACCAUACGAGGUAUGUUGAAAUCGAUUAUUGAGGUCAUCAAUUGUACAGAAUCUUUACUUAGCUUAAAAAUGGUGACGUACCUGAAUGUCUUCAAAUCCCUUUUUUAAAAACAAAAUUUACGACUUUUACAUUCUCUUGGAAGCACAGACGAUGAUCAAUCCUUUCUUAAUCGUCGAUGUUUAUUUGCGGAUGCCUUUAUAUCAUACACAAUUGAUUUAUAUAUGCGGAAUUUUUUCCUCGGCAGAUUACUCGUGCAAUCUCAGAAUAUCGUGGAAAAAUAUCCCAGUCUUUCCUGUUGAUCCUGCAGGAUUCACUUGGACGAACACAACUACCCAAACACUUUUGCCUUCAUCCUCGAUACCCUGUUCCAAUUAUGUUCCUAGAAAAACCCGGCCUUCGGUCAAAAUAACCACAACUGACAAUCCUAUUAUUGCUACCUCUUCCCUCCUUGCGAGAAGAGAGUCAUCAAUAACUGCCUCUAUCAAAAACAUAUCUAAACGGCAAAGUGGAAUGCGCACUUCGUCUCCAGGUGUUAGGACAUCUUUUUCUCGUAACGGUAUUUCUUCUACCAAACGUAUUCAGUGCUCAACAAACUUCAAACCACUUACUGCAACCCUGUCAACUGGUAAGUAUUUGGAUCCUUUUAAGGUUCAUGCUCGGUAAUCUCUUAGAGAUAAUUAUGGGAGAUUUGGCGACAAUGUCAACCGUGUAAUGAGUGGACACAUUAUUUGUUUGUCUGUCGCAGAUGCAGUCCCAGCACCCUCCGUUCCUCUCGCUGAUAUCACAGUGACAAGAAAAUGGGAAGCCCUGCUCAAGAGUACGGAAUCCCUAGCGGUAAUGUAAAAUAUAAUGACACAAAACCUUAGCUAACUGUGUUUAAUGUAACCGCAACUGUUUCGAUGCUUAGGUUGGCAGUUAUUCCAAAAAAUGAGUCCAACAAAACAACAUUUCAGCAAGUGCGACCCACACGAGAAGAUUUGUAAAAAGCUCACGAAACUAAACAUGCUACAGGGCUAUUUUGAUGCUGCGUUACCAGUAUUCUGCACACCGAAACUUACGGGGCUAUACUCUUCCCCUUCGAAAUUUCGUAAGGGAAGGACCACAGCUCCCUGUCGCCCCUUGUUCUUCCGCCGACUACAAAGUUGUGGAAACCAAAUGGUUUUUAGAUAAUUACAAUUUUGCACCGAAUAGCUCCCAAAGACCUUUGUUUUAAUGAAAAAUCCUUAUAAUCCAGUCAAACAAAUGAUGUGCCCAUUGUAAAUAUGGUUUGCUGGAAAGCAGUAAUAUCGAAGUUUACGCGUCAUAAGUCAAGUUUGUUUAGAUCAAUAUUGCAUCCCAUCUUUGAUAAUCAACUUAAAGUAAGUUACACUUGAAAUGCAGGUCUUUCCGUGGGUAAUGAAUGAACUUAGAAUUUGUAACAGUUAUUUCAAUCCCACAUUUGCAGAUAUCCAUGGGAAGCUUUCAAAACAACUCGUGGGUUGAGGAUGUUCACAAUCUGCUCCAACGCCUUCGAACAUUAGUGGAAGAGGAGCCGUUAACUGAGCAAUAUGUUGACGUAUUCAUAAAAAUACUUGAACAGUUUGGUUUAGCUCUUUCCAUGAUCCCAAGCGAAGAUCAAGAGAUUAUGAAAGUAUGUUAACAGCCUCUUUUAUAAUGAUUUAGGUUAUUUCUCUUAACACAAAAAAUAUGUUACUAGUCCUCUGAAGCAUAUCUUUUGACUAAUUUGCAACAGCUGGCAGGCAAUGGCUUUUUGAUUAAAAUUUUCCCGAAAAGAUCUAAAUAAAGCUUAAAGGAAACUUCCAUUGUUAGAGAAAAUUGUUAUGUUGCUAUUUCUUGAUGGUAAUAGUGGCAACUGUAUAACGUCGUACGAGCCAAAAUGGCGCCUUCCAAGAAACACAAGCAUUGAUACUGCAAGUAUUUGUUCACAACUUACAUAUAUUUCGGUUCUUAUUUCCCAAUUUUCCCAGAAAUCUUCAAAGUACAAGAAAUCUCCAUCAUACUAAUGGUAGUUUGUUCUGCCAUUGGAAGGUUUCCUUUCAGAAAUACGCUGUCAAUCGUAAUUCUACGUAAUUUGUAACUACCGAUAAAUUGUCAAUUUAUCUAUUUAGAGCGUUGUUGCCUCGCUGAUCACAACGGCAGAAUCCAGCUUUGAUGGGAGAAACGAAAACGCGUGGAGCGCUACAAAAAAGGUUUUGUAGGUUAAGUUGUUUAAUCCCUCCUAGUUGUGCCUCUGCAAAUACCGCGACUGUAAUCGCUAGAGACGAACCUCCUGCGAUCUGCCUAUGAUUCAUGAACGUCGAUUCUCUUAACAAAAGUGCAGUUUACGUCAAAUUAAGUUCAGUUUUUAGAAAAUUUGAGGCUUCAGAGAUAACCGUGGCGGUGUAAGAUUACACGAAAUUCAAUUGUGAAGUUAAAACCUUGAACUGCGCGAAAAACAUUGCGCUUUGUUAACGAACCUUCAUCAAACUGGGAUGCUUCAUUUAAAUCAUGACAUGGGUCAACACGGAAGAUGAGUUACACCUUGUUACCAUAAUGUUAACCCGCUUUUUUUCUGCUAUUCUGUAGCUACCAAAAGUCUUGAGCGCAUUGGAGAACAUUACGUUAGCGUUAGGAAGAAUCUCCUCGGUCAAUGAACUCUUCAAAUUCGAGUAUUACUCCCAAAGGACUGGUAAGUAAUUACGAAAAUCAGUCAAUCGUGGCCUCUAGAAAUAACUAUUUAAGCGUAUCCCUUAGUUUGAUAUUUGCUAUCUUUAGCAUUAAUGAAAUCAAAUAAAACUGUGCCGUGCCUCUUGAAGAAAUUAACAUGUUUGUUUCAAAACAGAAGAAAUUCGCCUUUCCACAACAGUCUGAGUCUGAUACCUAUAAAGUCCCACUUUUAUUCACCACCGAAACGGCUCUUCCGCUGUCUUCGUCUAACUUUAUCAUGUCUUUUUCACUUCAGUUGUACAAGUUGUUGCUUUAAAAACCACAGCAAAACAGAGUGUAACACACUUUGUACUUCCUGACACCUCUAGAACAAACCUGUCCAUUUGGAAAAACGAACACGAUGUUGUUCUAAUACCGUCAUUUUACGAUGGUAAGUUUCCGCGGUCUUUACUCUUAGUGACUUAAAAUGCUGUAACUUUGUCACCUUAAAAACGUGUAGAUAUGCAUUUUGCUUUCAUUGAAGUAGUGUAAUCUUAUUCUCUUCAUUAAAAAAAGAGCAACAUACUUGCUUAGGUUAUGAAAAAAUACUUUCUUUCUAAAUACACUGUAGGUGACGUCGUGGUGUUUACGAUACUGUACAGAAAUAUUAGCAGUAUUCAUCCCACUACUUUUAAAGAACACCAAAAAGAAAGGUAGGUCGCUUAAUCAACCUUUUCAAAAACGAAAGACCAUAAUCGGCUGAUAAGUUAAGGUUAGGGGACUAAAGACUCAUUGUGCUAAAGUUUUUGAUAAAUGACCCAAAAUUUCCUUACCAGGUAAGUCCUUCAAUAUGAUACAUACUAAAACAACUUUUCUAGUUCAGAAAGUUCUUUCAGAUUCUCAAUGGAAACCCUUUCUCUACUUACCACCAUUUCUUAAGACAAAGUAAUUUACCGAAAAAAAAACUAACGGCUGUCUGAUAAUGAAUAUAUUUAUCUUCAUUAAAUCUUUACAUGAAGAGCAGAUUUAGCAAAAGCUUAUAGGGGGUUCCUGAUGAAUAAAUAAGAAAAAAAGUUAACGCAACAAAUCAAAAACAUACUUGUCCCAAAAAUUUGAUACGACAUGAGAAAUGGCAGGUAGUCUGUGUUCUAAACUCGUGAAAUUUAAGGCAGACUUUAUCAUUAUUGGGAAGCACUUGCCUUUGAAAUAAUCUAAAGUAAUUUAUCUGUUUCAGGGAAAAUAAAAGUCAUCUCGUUUCUGACGUGCUUUCUUGUUCGGUAUAUUACAAGGGAACUUUAAUUGCGAGUAAACCCUUUUCUCCCGUUGAGCUGCAAUUCCAUAUCCAGGUAUGUCUGUCAUCAUUUUCAACACUACACCUUCGCUUACAGAGACCAAAAUUUGUGCUUGCGUUUUGUUUCACAUGUCAUUGAGUAAGUUUGAUUACCAGGUAAUAAACGUUAGGGAUUGAAUAGAGUCGGAGAAGAACGUAUGGUGGGUCGUUUAUGUAGUUAACGAAAAACCCGUUUAGUUUAGAUAUUUUGUUAUAUGCUUAUCCUGAAAAAAGGACAGUAACAUUUUUGUUUUACCUUACCAUCUGAAAUAACAUAGAAUGGGAGAAGUCUUCACUCACCAAUCUGUGUAUUCUGGGAUCAUCGAAACAGGUAGGGAUAUGGAUUCAUGUUUAGCAGUACAUAAGUAAGAAGAUAGCAGUGGAAUGCAAACGUUUUAUCUCUUAACGGUGCAGAAAACUCCUGUUACUCGGAUUUCCUCUCAUCAAAUAUCAAUGGGAUGUGCUUUUUUUUUUGACGCAGUGCGAUCUACACGAGCUCGGUGUACCAAACGGCUUUUACACGACAAACAAUUUCUUUGCAGUGCUUGGUCUACAGAAGGUCUGAGGACCGUUCAAGUAAAUGGCACCCACGCAAGAUGUCAUACAACUCAUUUCACAAGUUUUGCAAUUCUUACCCAGUACACAGAAGUGCAGGUAACUUUGUCAAAUAUGAUGGAAUAGUGCUCGACCAUUACUAUCGAAUAUACAGCCUCGAGUGAGGUAGGUAACUGUUAGAAGAUCUAUAAAAGACCUUCAUUGGCUAUUUAUUCAGUUUUAAACAAACGGAAUAUCACUUUCCGUAGUCCACCAAAGGUCCUUCACUAGUUUCCCGCUCUCCAUGCACAACAUGGCGGUCUGUUUUAAGUGUCCUUGGCUGAACAUAAGAAGCAAGACAUCCACAAUGGGCACCUCUGCUAUAUGGCACUAGUAUAUUUCCUUGAAUAACCCGGACCGGCGGAUUUCUUGGUGUCCAACGUAUACUACACUGAUGCUUAUUAUUAGUUUUAAAAUUAUCUAUACUCAAUGGAAAUAAACCUGUAAAGCACGGUACAACAUAAAGACAAUUGAAAUCGUGUAAUAAAAUAAAAUAGUUUUCGAAUGCGCAAAACCCCUAGUAGCAUCUCAAAUAUUUUCUUAAGCAAGCGGGGUGUUUUAAAAAAUCAUAUUUAUCACGUUUAUUGAAAGCUACCUUUUUAUUAUAAUGGUUUUGGGCAUAAUCGAACAAGGAAACAUUUCUAGAUUUAUUCUUUACAUUAAAAAAAAGGUUUUUUUUGAUUGAUACAUUCGUCCUAUCACAUAAUCUGUUCAACCAUUUUUUCGCAGAUUUCAGAUGAGGAUCAAUUCGCGCUCGGAGUCAUAACAUAUGUUGGUUGCGGAGUCUCCAUUGCGUGUCUCUUUGUGACCUUACUGGUUUAUCUUGCAUUUGAGUGAGUACCUCAUCGAACUGUCUUCUGUGAGAAUAACAGUUGCCUAAAUGCAAAAAAAUGCAGCAUCCAUAGAUUGUUUAACUUGUUUAACUUUAUUUAACCUCUCCCUUUUUGAAUCCAGAAGAACUGUCGACACUUACUCUGCAUACCCAGGAGAGAUGAAAUGAGAGUGUUGAUCAUUUAAUUAGCGAUGAAAUAGCAACAUAAUUCUGGAUUGACAUCAAGACAUUUCUUUUGUUAUCAAAGACCAAGUUUAUAUGUUGAGAAGGAUUGUAAAUUUGGAGUUUGGGCGUUUGAACGAGCAUUCAGAAGGGUAAUGCCUUCGGAAAUAAAAACGGGAAAACUUGACGUUCGAAUCCUUGUAUCAGGCAACAGAAUUAGUCAGAUGAAAUUAGGAGAUCCUCGCAGCUAAGAACACUACUGAAACGAGUAGUUGUAAAUAGGACCUGAAAAAAAUUCAGGCCCGUACGGGAUUUGAACCCAUAACCUCUGCGAUACCGGUGCAGCGCUCUACCAAUUGAGCUGACAAGCCAACUGGGAGCUGGUCAAUGAAUUGGGUCCAAAUAAACAUCUAAGUGAAUGAAGAUUUUAGAUAUAUGAAAAUUCAUAUAUUUGCACUGCGGUGGAGAGAUGAAAUUAGGAGAUCCUAUUUACAACUACUCGUUUCAGUAGUGUUCUUAGCUGCGAGGAUCUCCUAAUUUCAUCUCUCCACCGCAGUGCAAAUAUAUGAAUUUUCAUAUAUCUAAAAUCUUCAGAAUUAGUCAGAUUCAACCAAUUCGUCACAAGCUAAAUUGUACUUGUUAGCACCUUCUGACCAGACCUUUCAUCAUUCGGGUAGACUAUGGUGUUUGUUUUAUCUUAACUCUUUCUCUUUUAGAGCGCUUUCCACUGAAAGACAUAAGAUUCACAUGAACUUAGCCUUGGCUCUUUUGCUGGCUCAGUCGCUGUUCUUGACUGGUGUAAACGCUGUAGGACACAAGGUACCACUAACAUCAAGUUCAACAUCAGAUACCACAGAAAUCUGCCAUACAAGACAAAGCCUAGUAGAUUGAACUGUAUUUAGCAUAUGGUUGAGAAAAAAUUCCCUGGCCUACUCAAUUCCCCUUAAACGCUGUUUAAUGUUUUCUUGACGAAGAUACCUGAGGAUUCAUGCACACUUACGAAGCUUGAACCGUUUUUGAUCUUGUAAGUCAUCUUAAACAUGGAUACCUGUCGAAGAAAAAUCGUCCACCCACACUGGCAUGGGAUACUUUUAAUGAUAACGCUCGGGUAUAAAUUUAGGCAGUUUCACCGGGGUUGAUUGUAGGUUAACAAUACAUUUGAUGAUUACUUUUAAAAUUUUGAACUUUUUCACAGGAAAAACGCUGAAAUUUUAUUGAUUAUCUCCCUAGACACUUUGCCGCGCACUAGCCGUCUGCCUGCAUUACCUGUUUUCAGCAGCAUUCACUUGGAUGUGUGUAGAAGGUUUUCAUCUGUAUGUGAUGAUUCUCUCCGUGUUUCGUGCUGACAGCGUUAGAAUGAAAUACUACUACAUGACUGGCUGGGGUAAGGAAAGGUUUUGGACUGCUAUAUUGUUCAUCUUCCCUCUGCUUGCUUUGCAGCACUAGCCAUGUAGAAAGGAACUAACUAAAAUGACAAAGUGAACUGAAUGUGUUUCAAUGCAUUCGGUAAAAUAGUUUUAUAUAAAAUAGUCAGUUACAAUUUAAACUGUUUCAAAAAUCGAUAUGUGAAAUCAAAAUCAGCAAACCAAACUGAUUCUACCAUAGAAAGCAUAGGAUUCUUGAAGGAAAAAAAAGUCCUAAACUAAAAGCUUGUUAUUUCUCAGGUAUUCCAGUUAUCAUUGUCGGAGUGGCUGCGUCAAUUCACCCUGAAGGAUACGGGACAAUCAAGUCGUGAGUGUGUGAAGAAUUUUUUAAUAAAGAAGUGAUGGACGUUAAGUUUUCAACAUCUCAGGAACACGUUAGAUGAGAAUUGUUACCACAGCAUGCAUUAUUUUGUUACUGUUUUUCAGAUGCUGGUUGUCUAUUGAUGAUCAAUUUAUUUGGGUUUUUCUGGCGCCAGUUGUUUUAGUGAUUGUGGUGAGCUGGGAUUCUUGUUUCUUAGCAAUCAAAGGGGAUCUUGAAUUUAAAGGAAAAAAAUUAUUUUAUUUUACAGAUUUUUAUAUAGUAACACGAAGGAAGUUGCAGAUCAAAGCUCUUUGAAUUUUAAAAUCUGCUACCUCGCACGGCAGCGAAAAUAAUUAAACCUCGAAAGAAAAAUCCUUCUAUUAUUAUUUUGUUAAUAUUAAAAUGAACUUUUGGCCCACGAGACCUGUAUUAAAACAAAUGUAUGCAAAUAACAGCACUUUAAAACUAUUUCACCAGAAAAGAUACAACUUGAAAGGCGCAACCAUUUGUCUCAUCGUGAAACUUUUUUUCGACACUUGCGGUAAUGGGGCCAUGUUUCCCGAGAGUGUAUCUUCUGGCUAUGCAUAAAUUUGAGUAAAAGAUUACAGCCGCUCUGUUUCACUAUACCUAGUCCAUGUAUGAGUUGUUACAAUGGUAAAAGAAAAUAAAUAUGUGUUCAGGUUAAUUUCUUGGUUCUUGUUGCGGUGAUAAAAGUCGUCGCCAAUUCCGCGUUACCAUCAAGAAAAACAGACUUUGGAAGUGUCAAGUAAGUUUCAUGGGCUAAAAGGUUUUAAAUUACGGGACAAGGGGAGAAUAACGAGAAUUUUACCUCUUUGUUGUCACCUAUUCGCCCUGCUCUUUGUCUCUCUGUCUUCCCCCACUUUGUUCUCGCGCGAAGCCCUUAAGUUGUUACCAUUCGAUUAAGUAGUACGAUCAUCCAAGUGGACAUAGUCAUCAAGAGCACUGGUUAGGUGAUAGUGAUUGACGUUUCAACGACCCGAACCGACGCAGUCGUCUGAUUCAAAUGAGGAGUUGAAAGUCUGACUCGUCAGAACAAAUUGUUAAAUUUUUGCAUGGUGUUACUAGAAUAUUCUUUCCUUGGAAUUCUCUGUUAUUGGAGUAAGAAAAGCAAAAAUCAUUUCUCCCAUUCAAUUCUUCUCCUGCAGGAGAAAAGUUCCUCAAUUAUCCAUUUACAAGACCUAUGAACUGAUCGAUGUUCGUGUAUUUUCUGACCCAAGGUUGUUUUUCUUCUUAGGGCUGGAGUCAAAAGCGCUGCUGUACUAUUACCACUGCUUGGAGUAUCCUGGGUGUUUGGGCUUCUAACUUUAAACAAAAAAACUAUAGUUUUUCAGUACAUAUUUGCCUUUUCUUCCAGUUUUCAGGUAACGAUUCAUUUCAUAGAAGUAGGUCAUGGUUUUUGUCCUCAACUGGUUACAAAGAAAAAGCAACUGAAACAAUUUAAUUCUUCCCUACACCCCAGCCCACAUAGAAAUUAAUAGUAAAUCGUGUCUUUGUAAAAGGUGUCAUUCAACUGGCAAAUCUACUAAAAGGACAGGCAGUUCAUUCUCUUGCAUCCAGAUACAAACUUGCCUCUUGACACUGUAUUUAAACAUGAAAGCUCGCAUGAAUAUUUGUGAAGAUAUGUGGUGCCAAUCGUUUCUCACAGAAAUACUAUAGCAACGCAAGUUGCACGUGUUACAGUAGUAACAUUAUUUCGUGACACCUAAUACCAUACGUCUAAAAAAAUCUUUAAAGGGACAACCUUUAAAAUGGGUCUCAUGUAAGGGAUGUAGUCUUUUUUUUUCAGAUACAGUAAUUAAAUUUUUCAAAAAUUCUUCAUGUGCAUCAUAUCCAAGCUGAUUAAAUAAGCCUGUUGUCAGUAGGAACGGCUGUCACCGAAAAUUAAACCUCGCUUUUGCUUUAUCAGGGCAUGUUCAUCUUCUUGGCUCAUUGUGUAGGAAGCAGCGAUGUAAGAGAGUUAUCAUUUUGUUUAAUAAGUGUCUUUUUGCUUCUUUUGUUAAGAGAAAUGAAAAUAUUAACGAUGCAAGAACAAUAAAGGUAAUAAUAUAAAAAGAUAGAUUUCUUGCCUGUUAGGUUCGCUCUGCGCUUAAACGGAUGAGGCAAAGACAAAUGUGGGCUCGUGGGUCAGAGAAUGCUCCGUCACACAUUCCUUCAGUAAGUCAAAUGUAAUGGAUAUCAAUAUGCACCAAGCAAGAAGAAUAAAGUAUCCUGGAUUUGAAAUGUCAGAGAAGUGAAGACAUGAAAGAAAUCUCUUAGAGCAAUAUUUCAGUGCUUACAAUACCUGAAAAAGAAGAGAGCGAAAAUAUCCCGAGGAAAAAUUGCAAUCACACGAGAACCCCGAACAAAUGUGUAGCGGUCGGUGGCAAAAGCGUGGCAACCGUUACAAAAUGUAUUAUCAGAGAAAAAAUUGUUUGCAACAAAACAAACAAGUUGUUAUUGACGCUAGAGACCAGUUCGUUAGUUUGUAUCCACAGCACUAGAAGUAAUAACUCCAACCUAGAGCGACUUUCGCCAUCAGCAACCCUUCAUCGUACCUUUUAUCGUUCACCCCUCUCUCCCCUAGAAAUAUUCCUAGUUUUACAGUCUUCAGUAUAUCAUUGCAUUGACUUAAAAAAACGUCAUAAAAUCUAAUAUGAACUAUUUACAUUUGCCACAUGUAUUUAAAAUAUAGUUGACAUCAUCAUCAUGAUUGGCCUUUUCUUUGUUUUUUAGAAAGGAAACGUUCCUGUCUCACAAGGAAUUAUCUCAAAGGGAGGCGUUUUAGAGCAUAAGGGUACGUUGUUUUGUGGAGUGGACUCGCUGAAAGAGACUCAGCGAUAACCCAUACAUAAACAAUACAGCACUUUCAAAAAAAAAAAGAAAUUGUUUAACGUUUCGUAGAAACGAACGCCGUGAAUAAAGUACAGACAAAUUAAAAGCUCUAAUGGGUAACUUCAAACUUUAACAAAGAAUUUAUUAAAAACCAUACAUUAAGAUGACAUUUACAUAAGGAACCUGUCUUUGAGGGUACCAAGCAAGCCGAAAUUUCAGAGUGACUCUACUUAAUACCUUUUCAUGCCCUUUCUUGCAGAAAAGAUACGAGCGUCUGUAUUCAGCCAAACUAACAGCAAAGUGGUUAAAGUAAAGGUAUUUGCAUCCGUAUUAACAUCCCACUUGCCGGUUAAAUUAUCGGAGAUUGGUACUGCUUUACGAGUUUCCACGGUAAAACUAAAUUGUGUUAUUCUUCAUGAGCCUGUAAGGGAAAGAGUAUUUGAGAAAAGUUGCCCUUUAUUACGGAAUUCCCGUGUGAUCGACAAUUCACCACAAGAACGUCCACGAUGUCAUGGGUUUAGUACAGGAGAAGCAUGAAUUCAGUAUACGUAUACCUCACCUGAUGCAAUGGAUUAGCAACCAGUGAAUAACCAAUCCUUCCCUUAUACCAGAUUCUACUUUUAAAAAAAUCACCCGGGGUAAAAAUAACAAAAGCGUGAUCACCUGUGUGAUGUGAUUGAAUUGUUUCUUCUCUAACCUUUUUUUUCGUUCCUAGCUACCGAAAGAAAACUUUAAAGAGGCUCGUCUACAAAUAAACAGAACUUAUCAGAUGCCACGAAGAGAAAAUCCUGAAUCUAAAAAUUGUUCAAAAAUGACUUCUCUUAACUGCCCGCAGGUAGAGUUAAUAAAAAUCAGGAAAAUAGGUAUAAGAGGUAAUCAACCAAACUGAUCUUGAGUCUUGUUCUUGACUCUUUCCAACCUUAUUUCAACAAAGCAACCAACAAACUGACAGUGAAUGAUGCAGAACUAAUUUGAUACUGAUUUGAUCUUCACCUCUAAUUCUUAGCUUUCCGAAUUGUCUCCGUUCACAGGAUGCAGUUUCACCCAGAGAAUCUACCAAACGAAGAUGCUCAUCCAAGUCAUCCUAAUCAGCAGAAUAUCAGAUUUG